AAAGAAAACAUUUCUCCUUUUGGAAAAAAAAAGAAGUUUUUGAAAAGCAUGUGAAGAGACUAAUCGCUGAAGUUCGUGGGUGAUGAACAUGGUACUAUGGUAGUGUAAUAGAGUAUAUUAACCUGCGCACAUAAAUUUUGGUGCAAAAAAAUACCUCUUACAAUCAUUUGUUACUUGUUUGACACAAACAAAAAAUCUCCCAACUCCCAAAAAUCUCCAUUGCACAAAUUCUUCAUUUUUUCUCUCUCUCUCUUCAACACUCUGUUCAUCUUUUUCCCUCAUUUCAUCUGGGUAAGAGAAUUUCUUCCACUUUAUUAUAAUUCUAAUACUUUCACUUUUUUUGCUUGUUCUUGUUUAUGUUAGUUGAUGAAUGUGUGUUGAGUGUUGUAUGAUGUGUGCUUUUUUUUUUUAUUAACUUUAAAAGUGGGUACUUCGAUUAUUGAUGUUUUUUGGGUUUUCUUUGUUUGUCUUUUGAGUUUGAUUUUUCGUCAGUUAUUUGUAAGAAAAUUUCUUCCAUUUUAUAAUUUGCAUGAAUACUUUCACUUUUGUUCCUUGUUGUUGUUUAAUGUUAGUUGAUGAAUAUGUGUGUAUGAUGUUGAUGAAUGUGGGUGCAUGAUUUUUGUUUUUCUUUAUAAACUUUAAAAGUGGGUACUUUGAUUAUUGAUAUUUUUUGGGUUUUUCUUUUUUUUUUUUGUCUUUUGAGUUUGAUUUUUCGUCAGUUAUUUGUAAGAAAUUUUCUUCCAUUUUAUAAUUUGCAUGAAUAUUUUCACUUUUGUUCCUUCUUGUUGUUUAAUGUUAGUUGAUGAAUAUGUGUGUAUGAUGUUGAUGAAUGUGUGUGCAUGAUUUUUGUUGUUCUUUAUUAACUUUAAAAGUGGGUACUUUGAUUUUUGAUAUUUUUUUGGUUCUUAUUUUUGUCUUUUGAGUUUGAUUUUUCGUCAGUUAUUUAUAGAUAAACAAAAUCAACAGUACCCUUUUGAGUUGUCUUAACUGCUAUGAUUUGCUCAAUCUAAGUGUGGCGUUUACUUUGUUAAUGUAGAGUAAGUAAUUGAAUAGGGGAUUUUCUUUGUAUGAGAUUUGUGUAGAUACAAGCUAUGUCAAAUAUUGUGGAGGAAAAUUUUCAAUGGGGUAGGAAGAUUGAGAUUACUAGUACAGAUGGUGAGCUUUACAGCUCCUUCACUUAUGAAGGGGUGGAGUACUCUCGUUUCGAGUCCAUAUUUAUGUAUCGCGAGGGUGCGAGAGAGACUGACAUUGGUAUACUCACAAAAAUAUGGAGGACAAAGAAGGGAGGGAAAAGAGGGAAGGUAAACUGGUUUUUUCGCCCUGUCGAUAUCUGCAAUUACUUGGGAGAUCACAGGCCGUCGUGGAAUCAUCUCUUUCUGGCCUCUGGCCAGGGUAAAGGAGUUUCUAACAUAAUUCCUCUGGAAGCUAUCAUUGGAAAAUGCAAUGUUGUUUGUAUUUCAAAGGAUAGCAGGAUCAUUACACCUUCUAAAUCAGAUUUGGAAAAGGCCGAUUAUGUAUUUUCGCAUGUCUUUGAUGUUGAAGAUCGAAAAGUUUCUGCUAUUCUUCCUGAUAGAAUUGACAACAUAAGAGUGGAACGUGUGCUCAAUUGGAAUCGAGACAAGCCCAAAGCAAGUGCAGAAUGCAGCCCAAGAUAUAUGAAAGAAGAAAUUCCGACUAUACCUGAAGGUCAACCUCUAAAGAAGAGAAAGAUUGUAUCAGUGUCAGAGGCAGAUUCUCUCCCCUUGUCUCAGGAUGGCCGAAAAUGGUUCUGCGAAUUGCCGUGGGAGGAAAAAGUAAAGGAAGCUCAUGAGCAUGGAACGCUCGUUCACAUGGUUAACUUGGAUCCAUCCUAUACCUCAUCAGACGUACAGGAUAUAAUUUGGAGUGCUUUUAAGCUAAAGGUUGAUGCAAAGAUCAUGCCACCUAGACAUUCUUUCAAACCAUCAUAUGGAGAGGCACUGGUUAUAUUCAAAUCAGAGGAUGAUGCAGAUUUUGUCAUAUUUGAGUUGGACCGAAAAUGCCUUAUAGUUGGAGGAGGAAGGCCACUGAUUGCUUGCAAUAUCGCUCUUUACGAACCUGAUAAAACCUGCAAUUUUCCUGGCCAUCUGAUCAUGGAUAGGAUGUUGAAGUUGAAAUAUGACAAGAGAAAGGCUGUGUUUGCUUCCCACUGCGCUCAGGCAAACACAAUUGAGCAUGAUAUGGCGAUGCAAUGGCGCGUAUUUCAAAAAAGAUCUGAUCUGUGGUGGGAAGCUUUACUCAAGAAUCAAGAGAACGAGAUUUCACCUUGUCUAAGCCUGAUGCUGAAGAGCUGUCAAUCAGUUGAACAUAGAGCAGCAGAGGAAACACAGUGAACCAUAUCCAGCUUGGAUUCCUUCUGUUGUGAGCUUAUGAGCACUAUUAGGAGUGCGGGCCUUACCAUUUGCGAACUUUUUGAGGUUGGCACGAGGGAGUCGAGAGUUUUUUUUUGUAUAGUAGGAAGCAAAUCAAAUUAAGCGCAACUCUGUGCUUCAUAAUUUUUGGAUGUUAGGCAUUAAUCAUUUUGGAUGUUGCUAUAUAGGAACUUUUGUUUGCACCAAGUUUCUUAGGUAAAACACAAAAAUUAUCUGUAAUUAUUAUCUCCUCGGCAAUGUAAAUGACUUCAUUAGAUGAUAAUAUUACGUUUUCUGUUGGUCGAA